AUGCCACCCCGCUCGUUUAUUCAAGCUCGCGCCCUGUCAGUAGGGCCCUUCACCUUUCAAAACUCAGCUCGUAGGCAGGUACGACUAGCUUCCAGCCUGACCUCUGCCUAUCAGCUGCACCCAACAAAGAAGGAUGAAAGCGGAACACUGCUCUCGCGAGUCUCUGGACCCAUCGACAAGCCGCUCUGCGAGCUGUCGCUCGGCGAGUUCUGGGAGAAGGCAGCGACAAAUUACGCCGAUCGACCGGCAUUGAUAUCCAAGCAUGAGCCUGCAACACAGCACGCAAAAUCAUCGUCCGAAUCGAGCGACUGCAUUCGUUGGUCGUACGGCGCCAUGAAUGAGCAUGUACAGAGCUUAGUCGCUGGGUUGCACGAGCUCGGCGUACGGAAAGGCGACCGCGUAGCCGUUCUCAUGAUGAACUGCUCUGCCUACGGAGCGCUGCAGUGGGCAUGUGCACAAAUCGGAGCAGUGCUCGUCACUCUGAACCCUGCCUAUAGCACUUCCGAGCUCCGGCGGGCCAUCAAUCUCGUCGAAGCCACCUCACUGUUCAUGGUGCCGUCUCUUCGCGGAACCAACUACCUCGACUCGCUCCUCGAGCUCCUGCCCUCCCUCUCUAGCAAAGCCUCCACCUCCGGCGAUCCGACAAUUCUCCAAGACGAGUCGCUCCCGAGCUUGAAACGAAUCGUGAUGCUAGACAACCUUGACAACAGGCCGAGACACUGGGAGAGCAACAGUGUGCUGGCACAGCAAGGAAAGGACUUCGGCCACGCCAUGUCUGCACUCAACCAUCGUGCAAUUGACUAUCGCGAGCUUUUGCUCUCCUCCAGCAAAGCAAAUGUGACCCCCGAGGUGUUGAACACGGAUGUCAUCAAUCUGCAGCUCACCUCGGGCACUACAGGCAAGCCCAAGGCUGUUGCUCUCACGUCUCGGAAUCUUCUCAAUAAUGGCAUCGCAAUCGGUGACAAUCUCAGAUUCACAGAAAUCGACAAGCUAUGCAACAUUCCGCCGCUGUUCCGUGAGUAG